UAUAUUCAGUCUGAAAACAUGUCUCUGACUGCAUUAUCACUUGUAUCUAAAUUUCCAAGUCACGUCAUAAGGAUUUUAGGAUGUAAUCCUGGGGUGAUGACUCUUCAAGGUACCAACACAUACUUACUUGGUACUGGACAAAGACGUAUUUUAAUUGAUUCUGGCGAUGAAGAAACAGCUCCAGAAUACACCAAGCUCUUAAAAAACGUUUUAGAAGAAGAAAAAGCCACAGUAGAGCAUCUAGUGAUAACUCACUGGCAUCAUGACCAUAUUGGUGGAGUAAAAGCUGUCAAGGAGUUGGUAAAAUCAAUAUCAAAUUCAUUUCCAACUGUUUGGAAACUCCCAAGAAGCUUAGAAGAUAUUGCUGAUGAACCUGAUUACCAUUGUGAUGGUUGUCAAGCGCUGGCUGAUGAUCAACUGCUAGAAGUUGACGGGGCUAAAUUGCAAGUGAAACACACUCCAGGACACACUACUGAUCAUGCUUGUCUAGUUCUUCAGCAAAACAAUUCUCUGUUCAGCGGAGAUUGUAUUCUUGGGGAAACUACCGCUGUUUUUGAAGACCUGAGUGACUACAUUAAAUCAUUGAACAAAAUUUUAAAUUUAAAUCCUAAAAUUAUCUAUCCAGGACACGGACCUGUUGUAGAUAAUCCGAUACCAAAAAUUAAAUAUUACAUUGAACAUCGUAAUAAGCGCGAGUUGCAAAUUAUUGAAUUUUUGAAUCAUAAUAGGGACCGAUGGUUAUCAAAUAUGGAUAUUGUUGCCAAUUUAUACAAGGAUACACCAAAAAAUUUAUGGCCUGCUGCAGGAGUUAAUGUUGCUCACCAUCUACAGAAGUUAUUAAAAGAAAACAAAGUUAGGUUGAAAAAUGACAAAUGGCAGCUAGUGGCGAUUGAAAAUAAAUUAUAA